AUGGGUGACUACUUGAAAGCACUAGAAUUUUACGAAAAAACAAUUAAAAUAAAAGAAAAAGCUAUGUCUUCGACUGACCCUGAUUUGGCUCUUUCCUACAACAACCUUGGUGGAGUGUAUCACAACAUGGGUGACUACUCCAAAGCACUUGAAUUUUACGAAAAAUCACUUAAAAUAAGAGAAAAAGCUCUGCCUCCGAAUCAUCCACAUCUGGGUAAUUCCUACGCGUGGAUCGGUGCGGCAUAUCACGCCAUGGGUGACUAUGCAAAAGGACAUCAGUUCUAUGAAAAAGCGCAUAAAAUAAGAGAAAAAGCUCUGCCUCCGAAUCAUCCAGAUUUGGGUGGUUCCUAUUCUUCAAUGGGUGCAGCAUAUAUCGCCGUGGGUGACUAUGCGAAAGCACUUCAAUCCUAUGAAAAAGCACAUAAGAUACUCGGAAAAGCUCUGCCACCAACUCAUCCCGAUUUGGCUGUUUCCUACAACAAUAUCGGUCAAGUGAAUCAGUACAUGGGUGACUACUCGAAAGCAGUUCAAUAUUUCGAAAGAGCGCUUCAAAUCAGAGAAAAAGCUCUGCCUCCGGAUCAUCCAGAUUUGGGUGGUUCCUACUCCUCGGUGGGUGCAGCAUAUAACGCUAUGGGUGACUAUGCGAAAGCACUUCAAUUCUAUGAUAAAGCACACAGAAUAUUCGAAAAAGCUUUGCCACCAACUCAUCCAGAUUUGGCUGCUUCCUACAACAAUAUCGGUCAAGUGAAUCAAAACAUGGGUGAGUACUCAAAAGCAGUUCAAUAUUUCGAAAGAGCGCAUAAAAUAAGAGAAAAAGCUCUGCCUUCGAAUCAUCCAGAUUUGGGUGUUUCCUAUUCCUCGAUGGGUGCAGCAUAUACCGCCAUGGGUGACUAUGCGAAAGCACUUCAAUUCUAUGAUAAAGCACACAGAAUAUUCGAAAAAGCUUUGCCAUCAACUCAUCCAGAUUUGGCUGUUUCCUACAACAAUAUCGGUCAAGUGAAUCAGAACAUGGGUGACUACUCGAAAGCAAUUCAAUACUUUGAAAGAGCGCUUCAAAUAAGAGAAAAAGCUCUGCCUUCGAAUCAUCCAAAUUUGGGUGAUUCCUACAACAAUAUCGGUCAAGUGUAUUUCGACAUGGGUGAAUACUUGAAAGCACUUCAAUUCUAUGAUAAAGCACAUAAGAUACUUGAGAAAGCUCUGCCUCCGACUCAUCCCGAUUUGGCGGCUUCCUACAGUAGUGUCGGUGGAGUAUAUAACGCCAUGGGUGACUACUUGAAAGCACUUAAAUUUUACGAAAAAUCACAUAAAAUACUCCAAAAAGCUCUUCCUCCGAAUCAUCCCUUAUUAGCUGAAAGUCACUUGAGUUUUGCAGCGUGUCAUGAAAAAAUGGGUGAUUACGCCGCAGCUCUUGCAGCUCUUCAAGGUGCUUUUGAAAUUCAGCAAAGAACGUUGGAAGAAGGUAAUCCAGCUUUUGCUUCAACAUACAGCUGGUUCGGAAAGGUUUACCGCAGUAUAAAAGAUUAUUCAAAGGCACUAGAUUAUUUUGAAAAAGUCCUCGCAAUAGAUCGAAAAACAUUACCUGAAAGACAUCCGUAUUUCGGUUUAUCCUAUACUCAUAUUGGUGAUAUUCACCGAUUAUUGGGUAAUUAUGAAAAGGCACUUUCUUUUCAUCGAAAAGCAUUAAAUAUACAAGAAAAUGUUCAAUGUGAUCCCACAGCUCGUGCAACAACAUAUAUAAAUUUAGGUGAAACAUAUCGUGAAAUGAGAGAUUAUUCAACGGCAUUGACAUAUAAUCAAAAAGGGCUAGAAAUACGUGAAAAGCAACUACCGAAAAACCAUCCUGAGUUAGCUGUAGUAUAUCACAAUUUGGCGAAAUUAUAUUUAUCUACUCAACGAUAUAGUAUGGCAAUGAAAAAUAUUCAACAAGCAGUAGAAAUAGCUCAAGAAAAAUUGCCUUCAAAGCAUCCUCAUCUUUUGGACUAUAAAGAAACAUAUGAAAAAAUUCGAAAGAAAAUGUAA